GACGUUUCGAAGGGUUUACGAGAUCUUGGGGCAUGCAAUCAUUUUUAAGAUCCUGAGUAAUCUGAGACGUGGUGAAAGCUUUUAGCGAGAUGGAAGACUUUGAAUAUGUCGUAAAGAAACAAGAACAACAAAGGAUAUGUUUCGGCUGCACAUUGCCUCGCGACACUUCGACGAGAAAAGGCAUGAGUCCUUUUAUGAGGCAGCACGUCCUCGAGGAAUAUCCUGACAUCUCGCCGUGCAAAUACGAAGCCGCGAAAUCCUUCAAGGCUGUCACAUCCAAGCCGUGUCAUAGCAGUUUUAGUAGAAAUGGAUACAGUGGUCUGGCAAGAUUCGCCAGUAAAGUGCAGAACAUUGAAGAUUCUCCGGGACCAGCCAACUACACUAUAGAUAGUUUUCCUGCAAAAUGCAAGGAACUGAAGUAUCCUUUUGCUUCUACUGCAAGAAGAAAGCCAUUCUUAACGGAUACCAAUCCAGGGCCUGGAAUGUACACAAACUAUGGCAAACGCAACAUCAUAUUCGAUAAUAGCUUCGGAGGGAAACGAAAGCUACGGCUCGCAGUGGAACUCAAAUGUUGCAAGCGAAAUACCGAUGUUUGCAGUUUGUGUGGCGAAAAGCCCACCGGUGAUUAUUGGCAUUGGAAUAAUACAUUAUUUUUAUGCAAAAUAUGCAUGAUGAAGGAACGGCAACAACGAACAAAGUACACCAAGGAAGAAUUGAAGUUUUUCCAUGUAAGGAAAAAAAAACUUAGACUCCAAAAAUUACGAGAUUGCUCCGAUAUUCACUCUCACGAGGGCACGGAUGCUAAGGUAUGGUUGAUGAAUCCGCGAGCUAUCAAACAAUGGAUGUAUAGAGAGGCGUAUUUAUCUACAUACGUGCGAGAUUAA